AUAUAGGAUGCAAUUAUAUUUAAAAACUGCAACAGUUAUGAUUCAAAGUUGGAUGGCCGUCUAAUAGAUAAUACAGUAAUUAAGAGGAGUAUUUUAUAUGAUUUAAAGUACCAAGUAGUAUCGUAUAAAUAUAGAAAUCACCAGACACCAGUUACAGAAGCUACACACAACCUCCAAAAAAUGACAAGAGACUCAGAUCCACCAUCCUCCAGCACCCUUGUUCUGCAAGACAGAGUAGCCAUUGUGACGGGCGCCUCCCGUGGCAUCGGAAAAGAGAUUGCUCUCCACCUAGCUUCCCUUGGCGCCAAAGUGGUAGUCAACUACACUUCAAAUCCAACACUAGCACAAGAGGUGGUAUCCCAGAUCAACAACUCUCACGGGACUGAAACCAGGGCCAUCGCAGUCCAAGCAGAUGUGUCUCAUCCAACUCAAGUAGAAGCCCUUUUCAAUACUGCAGAAGAAACCUUCCAAGCUCAACCCCACAUUGUUGUCACCACUGCAGGCAUCCUUGACCCAACAUACCCCUCCAUUUCUCAAACAACUGUUGAAGACUUUGAUAACAUCUUUAGUGUGAACACUAAGGGUACAUUUUUGUGCUGUAAGGAGGCUGCUAACAGGAUCAAGCGUGGAGGUGGAGGCCGGAUUAUUACUUUCUCAUCUUCACUCGCAGCAGUUUUCCGGCCCGGGUAUGGAGCAUAUACAGCAUCCAAGGCAGCAGUUGAGGCAAUGACCAAGAUUUUGGCCAAGGAACUUAAGGGGACAGGCAUUACAGCUAACUGUGUUGCACCAGGUCCCAUUGCAACUGAGUUAUUCUUUGCUGGUGCAACAGAUGAGCAUAUCAAAGGAGCAAUCAGUGUUUCGCCCAUGCAACGUCUUGGUGAGCCCAAGGAUAUUGCACCUCUGGUAGGAUUCUUGGCUGGAGACACUGGUGAGUGGAUUAAUGGCCAGAUCAUUCGAGCCAAUGGUGGAUUUGUUUAAACAAAAACUUCCCAAGUUCUCUCCAUUGUAUUUUGUCUAAUUUCCGUCAUUUAAGAUUCUUACAAAUAAUACUAUUCUCAUCAAUAAUACUCGAAUUCACUAGGACACGAUAUCUGAAUGUUCACAAAUCACAAUCAACUGCAAAAAAGAUUGUUUACAAUCUGUGUUUCGCCAAAUUAAGAGUUAGUAAAAGAUUCUUCAACUAAUUCAGGCUGUGAUGCCCAAGAAACUUAGCAGUCAUGGUUAGUAGGUCAUCAUGUAAAUUGGUUCCAGUCACUAAAUAGAGUGAGGUUUCAAUGUAGCUUGUGAAAUCUUUCUUAUUAUUGAUAAAAUUAAAAAUAAAAGAGUAUGGAACUACCUUUACUCA